AUGCCCAACCCCACCGUUCACAUCAUCGCCACCGGCGGCAGUAUCGCCGGAGUCGGCCCCGACCGCAUGGACUACACCCUCUACCCCGAGAUCGGCGACCACCUCACCAUCGACCAGAACCUGGCCCGCGUCCCCGAGAUCGGCGACAACUUCAACAUCAUCGCCGAGGACAUGGUCAGCGUGGGCAGCACCGCCAUCGGCCCCGCCAACUGGAUCGCCCUCGCCGAGCGUAUCCACGCCAUCGACCGCGACGAGCCCGACACGGCCGGCAUCACCGAACGCCCCGUAGUCAUCACCGGCGCCAUGCGUCCGCCCACGUCCAUCAGCACCGACGCCGACCUCAACCUGAUGGACGCCGUGCGCAUCGCCGCCACCCCCGAGUCUUCCGGCAUGGGUGUCCUCACGGUGCUCAACAACGAGAUCCACUGCGCCCGUGAGGUCUACAAGGCCAACACCCUGCGCGUGGAGACCUUCAAGCCCAACGAGCUCGGUUUCCUCGGCUACGCCGAUUCCGACCAUCGGGUCGUCUUCUAUCGCCGUCCCGUUCGCAAACACACCACCGAGACGCCCUUCCGCGUGGACGGCAUGACCGACCUGCCCCGCGUGGACAUCGUGCACGCCUACGCCGGCGCCGACGGCAUGCUCAUCGAUGCGGUGCGCGCCCACGGUUCCGCUGGACUGGUGCUGGCCGGUUUCGGCGCGGGAACCUUCCCGCCGACGGUCAUCUCCGCCGCCGAAUCAGCCGUCGCCGGCGGUAUGCCCGUCGUCCUCGCCAGCCGUUCCAGCGCCGGCCGCGUGGUGAUGACCCCGCGCAAGGACGAGCAGGGUUUCAUCGUGUCCGACAACCUCAUGCCCCAGAAGCCCGCCUCCUCCUCAUGCUCGGCCUAA